CUGCAUUUUCCAAAAUGGCUGAACUCCUGAACAGCAUACUCAAUGUGAUCAAAGCUUUCCAGAUGUAUGCCAAAGAGAACUGCACUUCACUAUCCAAGAAGGAGUUGAAACAGCUGCUCUUAACUGAAUUUGGAGACAUCCUCCAGAGACCAAAUGACCCAAAGACUGUGGAAAACAUACUGACCCUCUUGGACCAAGACUUAGAUGGACAGGUUGAUUUUCAAGAAUACCUCUUGUUGGUGUUCCAGUUGGUCCAAGCCUGCCAUCGAAAGCUAGGUAAGAAGUCAUGUGGACACAGAGCCUCCCAGCAGGAAGAGGGGCAGGAAGUAACCCAAGACACAGGCAGACCACACAGGCAGAAGCCUGAGGGAGAGAGGCAGAACUCCUUCCACCGUCAGUCUGAGAGACAAAGUCAGGAUGCCCAACACAAUCAAUCUGAGAGAAAAGAUAGGGAUUUCCAUCACGGUCCAACUGAGAGACAGGGCCAGGACUUCAGCUAUGAUCAGUCAGAGAGACAAAAUAGGGAUUCGCACCAUGGUCAGUCAGAGAGACAAGACAGGGAUUCCUAUCAUGGCCAGUCAGAUCAAUAUGAAAGACAAGGUCAGGAUUCUGACUGUGGUCAAACACUGAGUCAUGAGUCUAGCACUGGCCUGCCAAAAGAGCAAGAAUACAUUUUUGCUUGCAAUCUAUCUGAGAAACCAGUUCAGUAUUCUCACUACGGUCAGUCUGAAAGGCAUGAACAACAAUCAAGCUGUGGCCAGUCUGGGAGACUCAGACAAGACUCUCACUCUAGCCAGAACAACCAACAGGAAUCCGAUUCUCAAAAUGGACAAUCUGGGGAGCUGACUGAGGAAUCGAGCUACGGUCAGACAGACAGACAAGGACAGAGUUCUCACUAUGGUCAGACAGACAGACAAGGACAGAGUUCUCACUAUGGUCAGACAGACAGACAGGGUCAGGGUACCCACUAUGGUCAGACAGACAGACAAGGACAGAGUUCUCACUAUGGUCAGACAGACAGACAGGGUCAAGGUUCCCACUAUGGUCAGACAGACAGACAAGGACAGAGUUCUCACUAUGGUCAGACAGACAGACAGGGUCAGGGUACCCACUAUGGUCAGACAGAAAGACAAGGACAGAGUUCCCACUAUGGUCAGACAGACAGACAGGGUCAAGGUUCCCACUAUGGUCAGACAGACAGACAGGGACAGAGUUCUCACUAUGGUCAGACAGACAGACAGGGUCAAGUUUCCUGCUAUGGUCAGACAGACAGACAAGGACAGGGGUCCCACUAUGGUCAGACAGACAGACAGGGUCAAGGUUCUCACUAUGGUCAGACAGACAGACAAGGACAGAGUUCUCACUAUGGUCAGACAGACAGACAAGGACAGAGUUCUCACUAUGGUCAGACAGACAGACAGGGUCAGAGUUCCCACUAUGGUCAGACAGACAGACAGGGUCAGGGUUCUCACUAUGGCCAGACAGACAGACAAGGACAGGGUUCCCACUAUGGCCAGACAGACAGACAGGGUCAGGGUUCCCACUAUGGCCAGACAGACAGACAGGGUCAGGGUUCCCACUAUGGCCAGACAGACAGACAGGGUCAGGGUUCCCACUAUGGCCAGACAGACAGACAGGGUCAGGGUUCCCACUAUGGCCAGACAGACAGACAAGGACAGAGUUCCCACUAUGGCCAGACAGACAGACAAGGACAGAGUUCCCACUAUGGUCAGACAGACAGACAAGGACAGAGUUCCCACUAUGGCCAGACAGACAGACAGAGUCAGGAUUUCCACUAUGGCCAGACAGACAGACAGGGACAGGGUUCCCACUAUGGCCAGACAGACAGACAGGGUCAGGGUUCCCACUAUGGUCAGACAGACAGACAAGGACAGAGUUCUCACUAUGGCCAGACAGACAGACAGGGUCAGGGUUCCCACUAUGGUCAGACCGACAGACAAGGACAGAGUUUCCACUAUGGCCAGACAGACAGACAGAGUCAAGGUUGCCACUAUGGCCAGACAGACAGACAGGGUCAGGGUUCCCACUAUGGCCAGUCACAGACUGGGGAAACUGAAAUACUAGGACAAAAUAGAUGCUCCCAAGGGACUCAGGGAACAGGAAGAAGCUCAGAUGGUGAACAGUCAGGAAAGUCAGGGAGAGGCAAUCAACAGACUCCAGGACAGGAAAUGAAGCAAAACCAGGGACAGGAGUUCCAGCCCAGGGAGGAGCAAAAGCAGAACUUGCAGCCUUGGAAGCCUGAGGCAGGCAGCCAACAUCACCAACACAAACUCCUAGGGCAGAUCCGGCAAGAAAGGCCGUUUUGUCAUGAAGGGCAAUCAGGCAGGAGUGAGCAGAGCCACAGGCAGGUCCAGACCAGGCAAAGCCAGGCCAAGGAGCAGAGACACAAAGCAGAGGAAAAGCGCCAUCAAAGCUGGGAUAGAGACAGCCGUGAGGGCCAGGAGGGCCCAUGUGAGGCCCAGGACAGAAGAAGCCACGAAGAGGAAAAGCACCAUCAGACAGAGGACAGACAGACCUCUGCAGAUGAACAGAAGCGCCAGAGACAAAAUAGACCAACUCACAAAGAGGAUCAACACCACCAACAACAGGAUAAACAGAACCAUGAGAAGACAGACAGGUACAAGGGGUCCCCAGGUCAACAGUCCCAAGGACCCCAGCAAGGCUUUCCCAAAAGAGAGAAAUUCCACAUGAACGAGGAUGACCACAGCCAAAGCUCCCAAGGGGGACAAUUCCAUCCAACCCAAAGCCGUGGAAGGCUCCAGAAAAGUGAACAGGGUAGAGGUCACCCCACCAAGACUGCUAAUGUCCCCAACCCCUUCUACGCCUACGUUCAAGAGCUGAAACGACAUAACUACUAGGCUAUGUGCGAAGUCAAAGAAGGCACCCCCAUGAAGGUCGUCUUUAUUCUGUUUAAAAGUUGAAAAAGUUUAUCUUCCUUUUAUCUACCUGCAGGGAUGCUUUUGAGAACUAGGAUUCACUUUUAAGGCAUUUCAGGCUUUCAAGCAGCAAUCCUAGGAUUUUCUGGUUGGGUGAAAUCUAAGUAGUAAAUUGGGUGAAAGAAUCAAAUCUUAAUUUUGAUCAAUUUAGGGAUUUAAAUCAUUUCUUGGUUUGCUCUCUGAACAAGUGAGACUUGGUUGGAUCACUGAAAGAUAGAACACUUCUCCUUAAAGUUCAGAAACAGGAAAACUAUGCCAAAGAUUUACAUUACAACUAAAGAGAAGAAAUCCGGGCUUGGGUGGGCUUUGGCUCCGGAGCAUAAAACAUCAGAAACUGCAAGCAUCGCAAUCUAGACUAGAAUGAAACACCUUGAGAGGCUGCCAGGAGACCAUCCAAAGUCACUGACAUCCCCCACGCCCAGGCCCUACCCCUCACCAGAGGGACUAUCCAUCAAGUGCCUGUCACAAGAACUGACUGAACCCAUUCCAACUCAAUGCCUUUCUAGUUUCCAAUCACAUAAAAAUAGAAAGCAUAUGUCAUCUGUUUGCAGAUCCCCAAAGGCUAUGGAUACCCAUGAUCCAUACCUUCCAAGUCCUGAAAACCCUUCCCAACAAAAUCAAUGUGCAGACCACAGACUUGUAUUC